AUGUUGAAGCUCAUGCGAAACCUGCUGGCUGAAAAGGAGCUCAUCAGGGAUGGUGCGGGUCCAAGAAAGACCGCCAUUCUUGGAUUUCUGUUGACCCUCCAGUCCAUCAAGGAUCUGGCUGAAGACCUCGUUUGGAGCAGCAGUCCUCUGCUCAAGUGCCUGCUGACACGCAAGCUAAGUCAAGACCACCUCGAAUUGUUCUUUGCAACAAUCAGGAACAGAACGGGCAACAACAACAAUCCUAGGGCCCUCGAGAUUCGCUCGGCGCACAGGAAGUGCCUCAUCGGGAAUGUGCUGCCCUCGAGCCGAGGCAACUGUCAGGUCGACGGCACGCAGACGCUUCUUUUUAGUUCGUCGGACAAGCGCCAGCAAGACCCGUCAGCUGACACAAACCAGGACGACGCCGACGCCACCUGGGUUAUAGGAUACAAGCCUCUCUCGGAGUUUGCCGAGAGCAUUGUACAAUACAUUGCGGGCAAUGUGGCCGUUAACUUUGCAAAAGACGCAAAGUGCCCGGACUGUGCAAGGAUUGCACUUCUCACCACUGACAAAUGUGACCUGGUGCGUGUCAAGGACAAGGGCGGUCUCCACAGUCCAUCCCCAGACAUCCUGCAUCUCUGCACCACUGCCGAGAAGGUGCUUCGCAGAAACUUCGACACAGUGGCCAAGGGAGGGCGGAACUGGCUUCUCAGGCUGCAAACCGAGACAUUGAGUAUUGUCUCCUUGUCACCAUCCUUCAAGAGGUUCGACCACCUGUUUGUUGCACAAACAAUUGACAAUCAAUCUCACUUCUCUGUCAUGCUCAAGAAGAUGCUGGCACACUACUUUCAGCUGAGGAUUCACCACAUGUGCCGGCAGCAAAGUGCCGAGGAAAGGAAAGUGCCCGUUCGGCAAUACUUCAACAAGCUCGUGCUCUUUCAUGGACAAUAA